UGACAAAUUGUACACUGCUAUGACAUACUUUUUUGAUAAUUAUUACGAUUCUUGGGUGAACAAUUAAGAUACAUACAUACAUUACAUUAAGAUAUCAUUUAAAGUAACGUUGACGUAUGUCUUAAAUGAUUGGAACUUGGUUUAUACUUUUUACGCGAUAAAAACUCGAAGUACUCGUUUUUGAAUAAAAUUAUAAUUUCUUCAAUAAUAUAAUAACAUCUUAUGACUGGUAAUUUCUCUGCUUAGAUUGGUUCAAAGAAAAUUAGUUUUCUUAUUAUAAUUUGUAAAUAAUAUGAAAUUCGAGUUACUUAGUUUGAUGUUUAACGUAAGCAGUGAUUUUCAGCUUAGUCGUAAACAAAGUCCUAAGCCAAUAAGAUGGAAUCGGGCGAUAAUUUCAACGGUGAUCUCAAAGUAAAACUAGAGCCACGCGAUGUGUCUCUUGAUGAUGAUGAAGAUUAUCAAAUUAAAUUUUCCCAAUUUAUGCAUGAAAAUCCAAUCCAAAAUUUUAAACAAGAAUAUGAUGAAUUAUCUGAACCUCAAGAAGACAUGGAAAUAAUUUUUGAGUGUAAAGACGUAAAGCCCGUCACGGGUUUAUUAGUUGAUAAAAUUAACGAUUAUUCUCAAAAUAACUUGCAGAAUAUAAAUUACAGCGCUGACUGUAAAAUUGAAACUAGUAUUAAAAUAGAGACUGAAUGCAAAGUGGAAGAAGAAAUAAAUUCAAACUAUAAAAAUAGACUCGAUAUACUUAUCGAUACAGGAAAAAAAGGUAUUAGACAUGCAUGCGAUAUAUGCAAAAAGAAAUUCACUACGUUGAGAAGUCUCAAAGAACACAUUGAUGGAGUGCACAAUGGUGUUAGACAUGCAUGCAAUACGUGCGGAAAGACAUUUUCAAAAAAAGGUAAUCUCAAAACCCACAUUGAAGCACUGCAUAAUGGCGUUAGACAUGUAUGUGAUAUUUGCGGCAAGAAAUUUUCAAGCAAGAGUUAUCUCAAAAAUCAUACCGAUGUGGCACACAAUGGUCUCAGUCAUUCAUGCAACAUGUGUGAAAAGAAAUUUACAACAACGGGUUAUCUCAAAAUCCAUACCGAUUCAGUGCACAAUGGUGUUACUCAUACUUGUGAUCUGUGCAAAAAGAAUUUCUCAAAUAAUGGUAAUCUGAAAAAACAUAUCGACGCGGUGCAUAAUAAAAUCAUUCAUGAAUGUGAUAUGUGCAAAAAGAGUUUCUCAGACAAGAGUAAUCUCAAGAAACACAUCAAUGUGGCGCACAAUGGUAUCAUCCAUAGCUGUAAGACAUGUGGUAAGACAUUUACACGACUAGAUGUUCUCAAACGCCAUAUCAAUUCGGUACAUAACAAAAUAACUCAUGAAUGUCAUAUUUGUGAAAAAAAGUACUCAGAUAAGAGUAAUCUUAAGAGACACAUCGAUACCAUGCAUAAUAGUGUCAGACAUGCACGUAAUAUUAGGGGAAAAAAAUAUAAAAAUCGAUCUGAUCUGAAUAGGCAUGUCAAAUUGUCGCAUAAUGGUAUCACCUAUACGUGCGAGACAUGUAGUAAAUCAUUUUUAGAAAAGAAAAAUCUUAAAAUGCACGUCGAUGCGGCGCAUCGCUGACGCACGGUUUUUGUUCGCUGGUAUCAAUAACUGAAGAGCAGGAUCUGAUAUAUUUUUUAAGAAUAUCAAUGAAAAAAAAAGUUCAUUCAUUCUGACAUUACGUAUUGUAUUCCUCUAAAUUUAUAGUUAUCUUACUGCAAAAAAUAAUUUCCUAUUAUUUAACAAAUAAAUAAAUUUUGUAUAGAAGAAUGAGACCAUGCUUCUUGAUUU